GCCCUCCUUUGCAGCGCCCUGCCAUGCUCGCCCGCCGUCUCAUCCCACGCUCUCUUCUCACGCCUGGCCCAUAAAAGACUAACCACCCUCUUGUCUUUCGUGGGCCUCGAAGACUCUGCGAAAGUUACGCUCUUCUUACUCGACUAGAAUCUAGGACAUGGCGGCGGGUAUGUCGUUCCAACCGGUAUGGCGACCUCUGGUCACCGACGGCCUGCCUUCUCCCCGCGCCGGUCACACGGUAUCAUUCAAUGAGGCCACCAACGAAUGUAUAGUCUUUGGUGGAGCAAGCCAUGAGACAGGAUUUUCAAACGAUGUUCAUGUCCUUGAUCUAGCAACCUUGACCUGGCGCGUCGGUGUAAAGCAGAAUAGAACGAAUUUUCAGUCAGCGCCAGCGAGAUAUGAACAUGUGGCUGCUAUCGUCCGUAGAAACGGUGGGGUACCCCAGCUUAUGGUCAUGUAUGGUGCGGGAGAGGAAGGCCUGCGGGGUGAUGUGUGGGCGUUGGACCUGGAGACGUAUCGGUGGAGCGCUCUGAAGACGCGGGGAAAUAUGCCGCAAGCUCGUACAUUGCAUUCAAGUGGUCACAUUGUGUUGGACUCCAAUAGUGGAAAAGCGGAUCGGUUGUACAUAUUCGGCGGAGGGCUUACCAUUGACACGGCAGUACCAGAUGUCAAGGUUUAUUGCUUAGACGUCAAUUCAUUGCUAUGGAUUCAAGUCACUACGGGGCGCGAACAGCCAUCCCCAUUGCCACGGCUUGGACAUUCUCUCAUUGCUGUCGGCACGACUAUUUACAUGUUUGGGGGCAUGGACGGUGAUCAGACAUUUGAUGAACUGUGGAUUUUUGAUACAGUGAACAAUACAUGGAGCUUACCAGACACAUCCGGCGAUCGACCGACAGCUCGAGCAGGACAUACGGCUACAGCGGUCGGCACACAACUGUACAUAUUUGGAGGCUUCGUGAAGCAACCGCAGCCAAAGGUGUUUGACGACGUCUAUGUCUUUAAUACAGAGACCAUGGUGUGGUCAAAGCUCUCAGUUGCCGCAUUACCACCAGGGCCACCUUGCGCUGUUAUCGACCAUGAUGCCUGUAUGAUACAUGCACGCCCUCGUCACCAGGACCAAGGCACGGAAGCUACAGAAUCCAAGGACGGGGUCCUUAUAUUCGGUGGGAUGGACCUUUCAGGAAUUUACAACUAUGUAUUCCAACUGGAAUUAUAACGCGACAGUCCAAUGUAAUAUAUAACGCUCUACUUGUUUCUGUUAAUACGAAGAUAGUGGUUGGUAUUUUGCG